UAUAAUUACGGGGCUGUGUUCUUUGCUGGGUGUCUUUUGGUGGAGGAAUGCUUGUCACCUACUCCUUUUAACUUCUCAAAUCUCCACAACCAAGUUGGUGUGACUCAAAGACCAAAAGCUUUCAAGCUUCCUUCCACCUCUCUCUCUCUCUCUCUCUCUGUGUUAAUGGCGGAGAAGCACAAAUGCAAGCUCUGUUCCAGAACUUUCGCUCAUGGCAGAUCACUCGGCGGCCACAUGAAGGCCCAUUUCGCCACCCUCCCUCUUCCGCCCAGGCCUCAACCACCGCCUUCACCUUCAUUCUCGUCUUCCUCCUCACAAGAUUCCGACGACAAGGCUCUGAUUUAUGGCCUCAGAGAAAAUCCCAAGAAAAGCUUCAGGCUUGCAGAUCCUGGGUUCUCCCUUGUUGAUACUACUGCCUCUGUUAUUGUUCAGGACCGAGAGAGCGAGACCGAGUCAAAGAACCCAACUCGCCUUCGAUCCAAGCGAACCAGAACCCAGAGAUUACCAUCACCCAAGAAGCCUAAACCAAGUCUCUCCGAGUCGCCCGCUGAACCCGAACCGGCGAGCUCUGUUUCUGAAACUAGCACCGAAGAAGAUGUCGCUAUGUGUCUCAUUAUGCUGUCGAGAGACAAAUGGAAGAGAAACGCCGUAAAGAAAGAAGAAGAAGAUCGAGAAGGAGACGAGAAAUCGAAGCGAUUCGAGGAGAUCAAGGUGAAGAAAGGAGUUCGCGGGAAGCAUCAGUGUGAGAAAUGCAGAAAGACGUUUCGAUCGUUCCGAGCAUUGGAGAGUCACAGGAACGUUUGUUUUCGUGAUGAACAAGACGCUAUCAACAACAACAACGAUUCGAUCUUCCAAUGCCCAUUUUGUUAUAAGGUGUUUGGGUCUGGACAAGCACUUGGUGGCCACAAGAGAUCUCAUCUCCUUCAAUCUCCAUCAUCAACCUUGAACGAUUCUGCAAGAUUAAUCAAAGAAAGCUUCAUAGAUCUCAACUUACCAGCCCCAGCUCCAGCAGCAGCAGAAGAUGAACUCAGCGUGGUUUCUGAUGCAUAAUUCUCGGAUCGUUCUUCACGCAAUUCAGUAAAGCAAAUUCCUUUUUAGUUUUUUCCCCGCUUAUUUCUUGGUUAGAUCCAAAAGCUUUAGGUGGAACAACAACAAUCAUAGCUGUCUGCUAUGUUUAUACCUUUUAUAGACCUAGAUGUUGAAUUUGUAGCUAACACACCUGAGAUUUCUUUCUUUUCCUCCAUUGUUCCCCCCACAGCAAACCCAGUAAUUUGUUGGCAUUUUUUCGAGAUAUAACGGUGAACCAGAAUAUCUUUUUAU